GUUGGGUGGGGUAGAGAGUAGGGGGCGGUAGUCGGGGGUGGUGGGAGAAGGAGGAGGCGGCGAAUCACUUAUAAAUGGCGCCCAAGCAGGACCCGAAGCCGAAAUUCCAGGAGGGUGAGCGAGUACUGUGCUUUCAUGGGCCUCUCCUUUAUGAAGCAAAGUGUGUUAAAGUUGCCAUAAAGGACAAACAAGUGAAAUACUUUAUACAUUACAGUGGUUGGAAUAAAAAAAGUGCUGUGAGGCCCAGGCGCUCUGAAAAAACUUUGAAGACACGUGAGGAUAUUGUAGCCCUUUUUCCUGUUCCUGAAGGAGCUCCCUCAGUACACCACCCCCUCCUGACCUCUAGUUGGGAUGAAUGGGUUCCAGAGAGCAGAGUACUCAAGUACGUGGACACCAAUCUGCAGAAACAGCGAGAACUCCAAAAAGCCAAUCAGGAGCAGUAUGCGGAGGGGAAGAUGAGAGGGGCUGCUCCAGGAAAGAAGACAUCUGGUCUGCAACAGAAAAAUGUUGAAGUGAAAACAAAAAAGAACAAACAGAAAACACCUGGAAAUGGAGAUGGUGGCAGUACCAGUGAGACACCUCAGCCUCCCCGGAAAAAAAGGGCCCGGGUAGAUCCUACUGUUGAAAAUGAAGAAACAUUUAUGAACAGAGUUGAAGUUAAAGUAAAGAUUCCUGAAGAACUAAAACCAUGGCUUGUUGAUGACUGGGACUUAAUUACCAGACAAAAACAGCUGUUUUAUCUUCCUGCCAAGAAGAAUGUGGAUUCUAUUCUAGAGGAUUAUGCAAAUUACAAGAAAUCUCGAGGAAACACAGAUAAUAAGGAGUAUGCCGUUAAUGAAGUUGUGGCAGGAAUAAAAGAGUACUUCAACGUAAUGUUGGGUACUCAACUGCUCUACAAAUUUGAGAGACCACAGUAUGCUGAAAUCCUUGCAGAUCAUCCUGAUGCACCCAUGUCCCAGGUGUAUGGAGCACCACAUCUACUGAGAUUAUUUGUGCGAAUUGGAGCAAUGUUGGCCUAUACUCCUCUGGAUGAGAAGAGCCUUGCUUUAUUACUGAAUUAUCUUCACGAUUUCCUCAAAUACCUGGCAAAGAACUCUGCAACUUUGUUUAGUGCCAGCGAUUAUGAAGUGGCCCCUCCUGAAUACCAUCGGAAAGCAGUGUGAGGAGGCACUGUUUGCUCACUUGUGUUUGGAUCUCUGUAAACACAUUUUUGUUCUUAGUCCUUCUCUUGUACAAAUGAUGUACUUUGAAGAUGUUAGUGUAUAACAGAAUUGAUGUUUGUUUUCUGUUUGAAUUUAAACAGAGAAAAUAAAAGGGGUCACUGCUCCCUUUUCCUUUC